UGGCAGUUCACAGACAGCGUGAACAACACAACAAACAAACCUGAAAUAAACUAAAUAUAAGUGAACCAGCUCUUCAGCACAUCGUAUUUUAGGUCAGAAUGAGUGUGGGAUUUAUCGGAGCUGGUCAGCUGGCGCAUGCGCUGGUCAAGGGCUUCACAGCCGCAGGUGUGAUCGCCACACACAGGAUAACAGCGAGUUCUCCAGACACUGACCUGCCGACGGUCAUUGGCCUGAGAAAAAUGGGAGCGUUCUUCACCACCAGUAAUAAAGAGACCGUGAGCAAGAGUGACGUCCUUUUCCUGGCGGUCAAGCCUCAUAUCAUUCCCUUUGUCCUGGACGAGAUCGGCCCAGACAUUGAAGACCGCCACCUCAUCGUCUCCUGUGCUGCAGGAGUGACCAUCAGCUCCAUCGAGAAGAAACUGCUGCAGUACCGUUCAGCACCUAAAGUCAUUCGCUGCAUGACAAACACCCCGGUGGUGGUCCGCGAGGGGGCCACGGUUUACGCCACAGGCACCCAUGCGGAGGUGGAGGACGGGAAGCUCCUGGAGCAGCUAAUGGCCAGUGUGGGCUACUGCACCGAGGUGGAAGAGGACCUGAUUGAUGCCGUCACUGGCCUCAGUGGCAGUGGACCAGCCUAUGCAUUCACAGCGGUUGAUGCUCUUGCUGAUGGAGGGGUGAAGAUGGGAUUGCCCAGAAGACUGGCUGUACGACUGGGAGCUCAGGCCCUGCUUGGAGCGGCAAAAAUGCUCCUUGAGUCAGAGCAACACCCUGGACAGUUAAAGGACAACGUGGCUUCGCCUGGAGGUGCUACAAUCCACGCUUUGCAUGUGAUGGAAAGUGGCGGUUUCCGCAGCCUCCUGAUCAAUGCUGUGGAGGCUUCGUGCAUUAGAACCAGGGAGCUUCAGUAUUUGGCAGAUCAAGAGAAGAUCUCUCCCGCUGCCAUCAAGAAGACGACUCUGGACAAAGUGCUCCAGCAGCCGGGGGUGACAGCAGCAGGGGUCGGGGUCCGGACAGGAAUCAACCUCUUUAACAGUACAAACCCCAAACACAAGAAAAGCUGAACCCAAUUAGCAGAACAACCAACUGACACAUAGACAAAACCACUCCAAAGAUUUGCAGAUCAGAUGAUAGAACCAAAAAUACUUGAAAUAGUCUUCAUGAACUGGUUAGUGGGAUUCACAGUUGAAACCAGAAGUUUAAAUACACAAAACAUAACCAUUAAAAAAAAAAAGUCUGAUGGUUAAUCAUACUAAAUGUUUACUAUUUUAGGUCCAUUAGGAUUACCUACAGUAAAUGAUUUACAUUUGCUAAAUGCCAGAAUUUUUUUUGAGAAUUUUUAUUAAUUUCUAGACGGUCAAAAGUUGACACACAUUUCCACAUUUUUUUUAGCUUUGCUUUUAAACUGUAUAACUUUGGUCAAAUGUUUUGGGAAUCCUUCCACAAGCUUUUCACAAUAGUUUGAAGGAAUUUUGGCCCAUUACUCUUGACAGAAUUAGUGUAACUGAGUCAGAUUUGUAGGCUGUACUGCUUGCACAAGCUUUUUCAACUCUGCCCACAAAUUUUCUAUAGGAUUGAGAUCAGGGCUUUGUGAUGGCCACUCCAAAACAUUCACUCUGUUGUCCUUAAAGCACAUUUGAACUAAUUUGGCAGUAUGCUUAGGUUCAUGGUCUGUUUGGAAGACCCAUUUGUGGCCGAGUUUUAAUUUCUUGGCUGAUGUCUUGAGAUGUGGCUUCAGUAUUUCUACAUAAUGUUCUUUCCUCAUGAUGCCAUCUAUGUUGUGAAGUGGACCAGUCCCUCCUACAGCAAAACAGCCCCACAACAUGAUGCUGCCGCCCCCAUACUUCACAGUUGGGAUGGUGUUCCUAGGCUUGUAAGCUUUACCCAUUGUUCUCCAAAUGUAACACUGGUUAUUAAGGCCAAACAGUUCAAUCAGAAUAACAGGACAUGUCUCCAAAAUUUAGUCUUUUCCCAGUGUAAUUUAGCAAAUUGUAAUCUGCCUUUUUUGUUGAUUCUGGCUUGUUGAUUUUCCCAUGUUGUCACACAAGGAAGCAGUGUGCUUGCGGUUUUCCUUAAAUCCUAUUCUACAGUUGUGCCUCCAAUUAACUCAGAGGUUGUCAAUUAGCCAAUCAGAAACUUCCAAACCCUUGACACCAUCAUCUGAGCUUUUUCAGAGGCAGAAUAAUCUUAUUGAAUGUAAACUUGACUUUCAAGAAAAGUUAUAACAAUUUCUCAAAAUAUCUCUCUCAUUAUUCUGCUAUUAAGCAUAACAGAAACACAUUUGGUAAUCCUAACCUAGCUAAAAAAAGUUUAGUCACAUUAAUAUCUGACUUUUAAAAAAAUGAUUAUGUGCCUUUUUAUACAAUGCAUGUAAAUUUCCUCUGGUUUCAACUGUAUAUAUUUUAUUCUGUGCUCAGAUACAAUUUUAUAUUGCGCUUUUAGCUAACGCUAGUUUGGACCAACUUUAAGCAAUAAUUUCUGUUGAUAUACACUGUAACCGCUGUAACUGUAUUUAAUAAAUCAUGUCUAAUCUAGAAA